AGGGAAGUGCAAAGGGAGGGAUGAGCCUCAAAGUUCGAGGCUGGGGCUCGUUGCAGGGAAUUUAAAACUGCAACUGCGCCAGGGGGGCAAAGGAAGGGGGGCAGCCCAGCCUUGCAAUCCUCCAGCACUUCCCAGCUGGUUUCUUCCCCCCCUUCCUUCUUUCUCUCCCUCCCCCCCCCAGUUUUUAAAUAUUAUAUAUAUAUAAAUCCUUUCUAUUAUUCCCCCCCCCCCGCAGAUUUGGAGCUCUGAUCUCUUUUUCCUUUACUUUCUUUACCCCCCCCCCCCCCACCUCCAUGCCAGCCAUGAUAGAGAAGGGCGCAGAGGUCUCGGGGAAAAGACGAGGCAGGAACAAUGCCAGCAGCACGGCGGGCGCUUCUAGCAACGCCUCUGCCGCCGCUGCCGCCGCCGGCGGGGCUCCCAACAGCAGUAACAAUGGGAAUCCGAAAAGUUUGGCAGCGGCAGCAGCGCCUAAUGGGAAUAGCAGCAGCAACAACUCCUGGGAAGAAGGCAGCUCGGGCUCGUCCAGCGACGAAGAGCACGGGGGAGGCGGCAUGAGAGUGGGAUCCCAGUAUCAAGCGGUCGUGCCCGACUUCGAUCCCGCUAAACUUGUGAAGCGGUCUCAGGAGAGAGAGAAUCUUGGUAUGCUGGUCUGGUCACCGAAUCAGAAUAUAUCUGAAGCAAAGUUGGAUGAAUACAUUGCCAUUGCUAAAGAGAAGCACGGCUACAACAUGGAGCAGGCUCUGGGGAUGCUCUUCUGGCAUAAACAUAACAUAGAGAAAUCUUUGGCAGACCUGCCUAACUUUACCCCUUUCCCGGACGAAUGGACGGUUGAAGACAAGGUCUUGUUCGAACAGGCUUUCAGUUUCCAUGGGAAAACGUUCCACCGAAUUCAACAGAUGCUUCCAGACAAGUCGAUAGCAAGCUUGGUGAAGUUCUACUACUCCUGGAAAAAAACGAGAACUAAAACGAGUGUUAUGGAUCGUCACGCUAGGAAACAGAAAAGAGAGCGGGAGGAAAGUGAGGAUGAAAUGGAAGAAGCAAAUGGAACUAACCCUAUAGAUAUUGAGGUUGAACAAAACAAGGAGAGCAAAAAAGAGACUUCUACCUUGCAGGCCCCUCCAGCUGAAACCAUCCCUCAGGUGAAGAAGGAAAAGCACAGUUCCCAGGCUGCAAAGAACAGAGCCAAGAGGAAACCUCCCAAAGGCAUGUUCCUUUCUCAAGAGGAUGUGGAGGCCGUUUCCGCCAACGCGACAGCCGCCACCACCCUGUUGAGACAACUGGAUAUGGAAUUGGUCUCCAUCAAGCGACAGAUUCAAAAUAUCAAGCAAACAAACAGUGCUCUGAAAGAGAAACUUGAAGGGGGAAUUGAAGAAUAUAGGCUGCCAGAGGUUACACAGAAGUUCAACGCACGCUGGACCACAGAUGAGCAGCUUCUUGCUGUGCAAGCAAUCAGGAAAUAUGGCCGUGAUGUUCAGGCAAUCUCUGACGUGAUUGGGAACAAGUCCGUGGUACAAGUGAAAAACUUUUUUGUAAACUAUCGGCGACGGUUCAACAUAGACGAAGUCCUGCAGGAGUGGGAAGCGGAGCACGGGAAAGAGGAGAUGAACGGGACGAACAAUCAGAAACCUGUAAAAUUGCCGGAUAACACCAUUAAAGUGUCUGAAGAGGAAGAUGAGGCUACUCCUGUCUUGGACGUCAGAUACGCCUCUGCAUCAUGAAAACUCAGGCAGCCAAGAACAGUUUUUGCUUUUGUUUUGUUUUGACUACUGUGUUAUCCACGAUAUCAGGUAUUAGCAAAACCUCAGCUGGCCAUCUGCAUCAUAUCUCUGUGGACAAGCAGCUAUUACCAAAAAGGAGAAAGCGAGAGAGAGAGAGAGACAGAGAACAAAUUUUAAACUAAAGGCAAAGACCCUCCCCACACACCUUUGGUCCUGUGCUACGUUUGCCUUAAUUUUCUCCUCGCUCCUCCGCACUGCCUCCAUUUUAUGCUCCUACGUUUUCCAGGAUGGGUUCUUCAUUUUGGUUGGUAUCCUGCCUAGAGCAUCAGCUACUCCUCAAACCAUCUAUGCUGAAUUUGCUGGCCUCAUUCAGACAACUCUCCUCCUCCUUCACCCGCCUCCCCUUGCCGAGUAGUCACCUGCUUACAGUGGGUGUUUCCAACGGCUACUCCCAAGUAUUCAUGGCCUUGUGUGAUUUCUGCUUAUUUUCUAAUGUAAUCAUUACUCCUGACUGAGGUGACUUUUUAAAAAAAAAAUAAGUGAGCUCUCUGUCUAGAAAAUCAUUGUGCAGGUGCUGGGGGCGGGAUAUGGUGGAAUGAAAUUGAAGGGGGAGGGGAGAAUAUGGUUGGGGAAUGAGAUUUCAGAGCUGGGGCCUGUUUUGAUUUCCGGCACGUCCAAUUCUUUUCUCGUGGCUGUCUUCUGCUUCUUUUAGAAAAUUCACCCAUUGGUUGUGAUUUUUUUUAUGGUUGUGAAUGAUUCUUGUAAUGAGUUUUUAUUUAGUGCAAAAAAAAAAAAGGAACACAUAGCCUGUAAUCUGCUUUGACAUUAUCUGCCCACAACACCCCCACCCACCCCCGCCACCCUUAUGGUUUUCAGCGUACUUGCAUUGUAAUCCCUGAAUGCCAACACAGGUGAAUCUUUGACCAGAACAUUAAGGGGAUUAAGACAAAAAAAAAA